CAGAACCCAAACUUCACACACACUUCUGAAGAGCUUUACUGCCGGUAAUAAACCGUCUGCUUCACAGGAUGUGGACACACACACACACACACACACACACACUCCCUCAGUCAGAAGUGUUUGAUCGUGUGUGUCUCCAUCAUGUUGUAUCCACAUUUUCUCCUUGUGUGUGUGUUUGUGUGUGUGUUUCUCCGCUCCUCCAGCGCUGAUGAUGAACAUGAUAUUCCCGGUGCAGAUCUCAGCGCGCUCCCGGUGUCUGACUUCAUCGCGUCGGCGGAGUUCGGCAGCGCGCGCUCGGUGUGUAAGCCGGUACCGAACACCAUGGUGCUGUGCGCCGGGAUCGGUUACCGGGAUAUGCGGCUGCCAAACCUGCUGGAGCAUCAGAGCGCGCGGGAGGCGCAGCAGCAGUCCGCCGCCUGGGUGCCGCUGCUCGGGAAGCGCUGCCACCGGGACACGCGCCACUUCCUCUGCUCGCUGUUCGCGCCAGUGUGUUUACCGGAGGUCCCGGCUCCGGUGAGCCCGUGCAGGAGUCUCUGCGUGGCGGUGCGGGACGCCUGUGCGCCCGUCAUGAGCGCGUUCGGCUUUCCCUGGCCGGAGAUGUUCAACUGCAGCCGGUUUACCGACGGACCGGAGCUUUGCAUUCCCGGGGAGAGAGACCCGCUCAGGGCCCCCACCACCGGCGCGCCCACAGGCUCUGCGAUCUGUGAGGCCUGUAGUGCAGAUGGAGAUGGAGAGCGAGAGAUCCUGCAAGAGUUCUGCACGGCUCAGUUCGUGGUCCGGAUGAGGGUGGGCUCCUGCUCUGUGAUUGGCUCAGACCUGCGUGUGGUCCCCGAGGGCCGCAGUCGAGUGCUCCGUCAGCAGGAUCCUCAGGCUGCGCUGGAGCUCAGGGUCCUCUGGCUGCCCCAGGCCCUCCACUGCUCCUGUCCCGCUCUGGACGGGCCCCUGACUGGCACCUACAUCAUCCUGGGACACACACACAGCGGACGCAUGCAGAUACACAGACUCCUGCGCUGGACACGAGACGAGAAAACACUGAAGAAACUCAUCAGGACUCUGCUGAAGAGACAGUGCUGAGUGCAGGAGGACAACACCUUCUUAAAGGGACAGUACACUCUGAAAUAUUCAUUCUGCUUUAGUAUAGUCAUCUUCUUAAAGGAACAGUACACAAAAAUAUACUUCUGCCAUAGUAUA